UUCGCCAUAUGAUUAAGCCAUCUUAUUUUUCCUUUCCUCUCCCCCGGGAUAAAUAUGUAAAUCCUAUCCUAGGCUAGUUGUUAUGAAAAUAAAUCAGUCAUUGUUCAGUUUUUUCCUGAUUUAGUGAUUCCUGUAUUGAAAUCUAUGAUUCUUCUGCUGAUAGUUUUUAAUUAGACUAUUUGAUGUUUCCUGGCCAGUGUCAAGGUUGCUGUUUUUUCAUAUAUCAGUAUAUUGUAACCUUCUCUUCUUGCGGUUGAUGAGUUGAACUUGUUGGGUGGAAGCUAACUAGCCAUUGUUUACAUGUGUUUAAGUAAUAGGCAACCAAUUUGUCUUUUAUAAUCAUGUAGCCUUGUCUGCUUGUGUCCAAAUCAAAAGUUGUGAAUUAACCUUAGUACUGCAGUGUAUACAGUGUGGAAGUUGACUGCAAAAUUUAUAAUUCCAGAAUUCAGAUUGCAGGAUUAGUCAUUUAAAAUGUCUGUUGUAAAAGUAUUAGAUGGAGGACUGGGCACUGAUUUGGAAAAAGCUCAAAGCAUAGACUUUCUUGCAGAUGAUCCCUUAUUCAGUGCAAGAUUUUUGCAUACAGAUCCUUCAGCAGUCAAAGAUGCACAUAAAAGGUUUCUUCUCGCUGGCAGCGAUGCUGUGAUAACAUCGUCUUAUCAAGCUAGUAUUGAUGGUUUUAUGAAAAACUGUAAUGUUUCAAGAGAAGAUGCAAUUCAGUUGCUGCAAUUGAGUGUGGAUGUGGCUAAAGAUUCAAUUCAAGAAGUGAAGUCUCAAUUAGGUGACGAAGCCAAAGAGAAAUAUUAUGUAGCUGCUUCUAUCGGUCCAUAUGGAGCUUGUCAACAUGACAUGUCUGAAUAUACUGGCCACUAUGUCGAUAAUAUGUCAGAAGAUGAUUUGAAAAACUGGCAUAGAGAAAGGUUGAGUAUUCUACUGGGAAGAGAUCCUGAUUUUAUUGCAAUUGAGACAAUGCCAGCUCAGAAAGAAGCUCAGGCAAUUAUUGAAUUGCUUCGUGAAUUUCCGCAAGCCAAAGCAUGGGUUACGUUUACUUGUAAAGAUGAAGAACAUACUUAUCAUGGUGAUAAAUUUAAAGAAGCAUUUGAAAAAAUUUCAAAAUGCCCGCAAAUAAAGUCAAUUGGCAUCAAUUGUUGUCAUCCAAAAGUUGUUGAACCCAUUAUGAAAUCGAUCAGACAUUUAUUACAACCUGAUAAAACCUUUAUAGCAUAUCCGAAUGCUAACUUAGUUUUGGAUGAAACAACUCGAAGAAUGUUCACAGAGCCUUCUUCUCAAAGUUUAACUGAUUAUGUUUCGAAUUGGUUGAGUAUAGGAGGAAUAGAAUGGAUCGGUGGUUGCUGUUUAGUAACACCUGAUGAUAUUACGAACAUUUCGAAAGUUGUUAAUGAUUGGAAUAGUCGCAAUGUAGAAUGAUAAUUUAACAAAUGCCUUCAGUAGUAUGGGAUAUAUUUAACCAUUUUUUUGAUUAUUGAUUCAAAUUUUGUGUUUCGAUUUUAGAUUACUAGUGGUGAUAGUUAUAUGUGAUUUGUGCAAUUUUCAAUUGAUUACUGUGAACUGCAAUCCCAUAGUUAAUGGGUAUGAUUCAGUCAAACACCAUGGUGAAAAAAUGGAUCUGUCCAGUAAUAGACCUCUCAUUCAUAAUAAUUUUCUCAUAUUGACUAUAAAAUCAUUACAAAUUAAUACUGCUAAGUUGACACUAUUACUAGAUUAUGCAGUAAUAUUAUAACAUGUGCCAUAUUUUUCAAAAAAUUAGAUAAAAAAUAUAUUUUCAACACAUAUAGUAAUUUUAAUUUUCUAAAAUUUUACUCAAUUUUUCGUUUAAAAAUUUCUAAUCUCAAAUUCUGAUGGUUCAAAUGAAUUAACUGUACUAGUAACUAGACAUAGGUAACCUAUUUUAAAAUUUUGAUCACUGUAGGAUUAAUUUUACUGUAAUUUUGGUGAUAUUUCUUGUUUCUCUUCAAGUAUAAUAUAAUAUUAAAUUGGUGUUUUCCAAUAUUCCAAGUAGUGAGUGAUGUCAUUCAUAAUGCCUCCACUUUCAGUUGUAGUUCCAUGACACCGCUUUCUUAAAAAAAAAAUAUUGAGAAAUAGUCCUGGUGCUAUCAGUUGGGUUUCUAUUAGGUCGUAAAAUAGUUUUUGUUCUUUAAAUUUCAUUUUAAUUAACUUAUUUUUCCUGUUUUGAUCCAUUUCAG